AUAAAAACCAACAACAACAACAGAAGAACGCGAUCCAGUGAAUAUCAAGCGAAAAACAAGAACAACAAUAACAAUUACUAUUAAAGAGCCUUUGAAGCGAAAAUGCUGACAACUUUGAGGGACAACGCGGCGCAUACGCAAUUAGCUUAAGAGUCGGCAGAACGAGUUACGAGAAGACAAACAAGACAGCAACUGCAAAACGGCGGCAACAAUAUGAAUUGCCUUUGCCGACCCUCGCGGAUUAUGUCCGUGCGCAUUAAUUUGCUGGAUGAAACUGACUUUAUACACGAGAUCAAGGAUGAUUUGCCGGGCCAAGCGCUGUUGGAUGUCGUUUUUGCCAGGCUCAAUUUAAUCGAGACUUCAUACUUUGGCAUUCGCUACAUAGACGACGAGAAUCAAACGCAUUGGCUGGAUCCAGCGUCACGCAUUUCACGCCAACUAAAGCCCAAAUCGGAUCCAUAUGAUUUGUAUUUUGGCGUUAAAUUUUAUGCCGCCGAUCCUUGUAAACUGCUCGAGGAGAUAACGAGAUAUCAACUUUUCCUGCAAGUCAAACAGGAUGUGCUACAGGGUCGACUGCCCGUUGCCUUCGAGUUGGCCGCCGAAUUGGGCGCCUUUGUGGUGCAAUCCGAAUUGGGGGACUACGAUCAGAGGCGGCAUUCAAAGGGAUAUGUGUCGGAGUUUCGCCUGCUGCCCAAUCAGAGCAGCGAGUUGGAAGCCCGCGUCUCGGAGCUGCAUCAACAGCUCAAGGGCAUGUCGCCAUCGAGUGCCGAGCUGAACUAUUUGGAUAAAGUCAAAUGGCAUGACAUGUACGGUGUUGAUUUGCAUCCCGUGCUGGGCGAAGACAGCGUGGAAUACUUUUUGGGCCUGACACCCAGCGGAAUUGUCGUGCUGCGCAACAAGACGACGGUGGCUCAUUACUAUUGGCCGCGCAUUGCCAAAGUUUAUUAUAAAGGACGCUAUUUUAUGCUCAGGAUAAGCGAUAAAAAUAAUGAGCUCAGCACUUAUGGCUUUGAGACUCCAAGGAAAUCGGCGUGCAAACAUUUGUGGCGCUGCUGCGUGGAGCAUCAUGCGUUCUUCAGGCAGGUGCGCGUUGCACCGCUGCCCAAUUCACAGUCACAUGCAGCGGAUUUGUUUCAGCUUGGUUCGCGCUUUAGACACAGUCGCACGGACAAGCAAACGGAGAAGGAUGCACUUGCCGCCGGACGUGCUCCGCCAGCGUUUACGCGUGUUCCCUCCAAGCGCCAGCCACGACGCGUGAUUGAUGACUUUUUUAACAGCAACAACGGAGGUGGUGGCGGAGGCGGUGGAGGCGGCGGUGGAGGAGGUGGCAUCAUCUCUAUGGGCAACCGUCCACUGCCACAGCCGCUGCCGCUGCAGAGCUUGGCCAACAGCAAUGGCAACAGCGCCAACAACUACGACAGUCCCUACCGCUCCACGUAUAGCAUACCCACAAGCUUGGGUCUGCGUCCCAGCAACAGCAGCAACAGCCAUCAGCAGCAGCAGCAGCAGAACAACAACUCCAGCAGCUACAACAACAAUGGCAGCAAUUUGCAGACACCUGACUCGCCUCGCAGCACGCGCAGCGCUCCCUGGCCGAGAUCCCAGCAGCGUUCGCUCUUCGGCCACAAUCCCUCAAGUCCACGCUCGGUGCGUUCGGUCAGCACCACGGGCGGUGGUCUGCAUCAUCAUCAUAGCCAUCACAGCCAUGGCCAUGGCACCAGUCAUCAUCAUCAUCAUCAUCAUCAACAGCAGCAGCAGCAGCAACAAACAUCGUCGUCGUCGUCGCAUCAUCAGCAUCGACAGCAACGCGCCAGCUCCUCAUCCGCCUCGCAUCAGCAGCAACGCUAUCGCUCCAGCUCCGUGGAGAGUCAUUCGUCCAACGAUUCGCGCUCCACGCGACGCCACAAGCAUCGCCAUCGUCGCACCUCGGACAAUGAGAGCGAACUGUCUCGUGGCUCGGGUCGUUCGGGGCGUUCCCAUCAUCGCAAGCAUCGACGCUCACAUCGACAUCGUCGGGAUUCCGCCGGUGGCUCCGAUCAUGACAGCACACGUGGACGCAGUUACUCUGGACAUCGCAGCUCUUCGAUGCGCAGCGGCAGCGCUGAACUCAUUGAUUCCACUACUCAAUGGCGUGAGGUGCAACGUCGCCAGGCUGAGGCGAGUCUAGGACAGAGUUCGGUGCAACAGGCAUCGGUGUCCAAGAGCAGCAUGGUGGCUCGCAGUCUGCACAGCAAUGACAGCCACUCGGAUACGCAUUCGCAUCACAAGUCGCGACGCCAUCGUAAGAACAAAUCUCCUUCGGAGUCACGCAGCCGCAUGUGGAACAGCGAGCUGGCCAAGCAUCUGCAGUUCGAUCUAGUGGACACCGCUGGCAUGUCGGAGCAGCAACUACGCGAGAUUCCCUACACUGUGGUGGAGACCACCUCGAAGCGCUCGAACUCCAAUCUGAAGAUACACAAGAGCAACAGCAAGAGCAGCGUCGGUGCCAAGAGCACAGGCUCAGGCAACACCAUCACCAAUGGCAGCGGCUCAGGCAAUGCGGGACAGGCCAAGAAUCGCGUGGAUCGCAUUCGCGGACUCUACUACCAAAGCUCUCAUCCGCAUGAUAGCAAUGGCGGCGGCGUCGGCAAUCCUGGCGGUGGUGGCCACGGAGGUCACGGUGGUGCAGCUCCCAAGAACGGUUCCAUACGCUCGGCCAGCACAAUCUCUUCCCGGGAGUGCGAACGCAACAAUGGACACGGCUUAGUGCGCAUGAUGUCUAGCAUGAGUAUGGGCGACUUCAUCUCGCCCACGGGAUCCAAUCUGAGUCCACUGGAGAACUCGGCGUUACGUGUUUCACAUGAGCACACAGACUCUGGACUGGGAGCUGAUCAGGACUAUGCAUACUCCUCAGAAAGAUCCAGCGAUAGCACACGUUAUGGCACCAACAAAUCAUCAGGCGCCUCGAGCGGCAGUCAUCGCAAGUCAGUUGGCAGCGCCAGCAACAGCGGCGGCAACAACGGUGGAGGAGGUGGAGGCGGUGGCUACAACAGCCUCAUGCAACAGACUGUGAGUAAUCAGCAGCAGCAACAGCAACAACAACGUUCGCUCUUCGCACAGCGACAACAGAAGCCCAAUUACAAAUACGCCAACAACUCCUCGAACUCCACAUCGUCCUCCACUAACCCAAAACAAAACCUGGCGCCCGUACACGGCGCAUCCUCCACAUCCACAGCAAAUACUAACUCGACGAGCGUGUCAACAACACAGUCGCAGUCGAACAACAACCAUAAAAGCAGCAGCAGCAGCAGCGCUGGCAACACUGGCGCCAGCGGCAGCAAUCGCCUGCUCAGCUACACGACGUUCGAGAACAAUCAGUACAAGUUCAGUUUGAACAAUGCGGCGCUGGGCAAGGCGACGACGUCUGGCGCACGUGUUGCCAGCAGCAGCAGCAGCAAUCUCACGGGUAACAUGGUAACAACCGGUAAUGGUGGUGGUGGUGGCAAUGCUCUUAGCAGUGGUGGUGGUGGUCUUGGUGGUGCUUUCAGUCGACAACGCAGCUUUGUCGAAUGGCCAAAUAACCCGGCGGCGCCUUAUUACUAUCAAGGACCCUCGACGAGUGCGGCGCAAGUGAAGCGACGCGAUGCCAAGUCCGACAUUGGUGUCCCCACACGUCGGCUCUCCGGUCAGAGUGUGACCAAGACGCAGCUGCUCACCGGGGGCAGCGGCGGCGGCAGUUCGCAGUUGGCCAAUGCCAGCUGUUAUCCCAUGCACUAUGCCAGCAGCAAUGUGACCAAUCUGAGUGGCCACAAUCGCGUCUUGGGUCAACGCGGCGUCGUUGGCAGCGCCGGUGUUGGCAUUGGCUUCGCUGGCCUGCAGCCAGCCAAAUCGGAUCUGUUUCUCUCCUACAUCCAUGGCGGCGAAUACGAACGGCCCUACAUCUACAACUACAAGAUGCCACAGAUGCCGCCCGGCUUGCUCGGCGGCUCGUUCUCUGGCAUCGGGCAUAGCAAUGGAAGCAAUGGCAGCGGGUCGGGGUCGGGUUCGGCCUCGGGGUCGCCGAAGCAACAGGCGAGCGCGUAUCACAUUUCGGGCGCACAGACUGCGGAUCCCCCGCCACCGCCGGCGCCUUUGUACGGCGGCUCGGCGCCCGCCAACGAUGUCAUGUACUAUCAGUUUGACAAAGGCGCCGCCAAGUCACAACAACAACAACAGCAACAGUCACAACAGCAGCAGCAACAGCCUCCGCCCAUUGUGCAGCAGCCAAAGGCGACGUCAGCGAAUGUUGCAGGUGGGGCUGGGGCAGCUGCUGGGCCAUUAGUGUAUCUGCAGCAUGGACAGAAUGUCGCGCCAUCGAAUGUCACCUCAACGCAGCAAACUGCAAUGCAUCAUCAUCAUCAUCAUCAUCAGUCGUCGCACUCCUGCAGCGAGGAGGACGAAGCGAUGGCCGUGUUGGAGGCAAUGCAACCGGAUGCGACCACAACUAAUGAUGAGGCCGAAGAAGACACCGAUGAUGUGUAUGACGAUGAGGCGGCCGAGGCUGAGGAUAUGUUUGAUCCUGAUGUCCCUUUGAUGUCCCCAACUGGCAGCAACAACAGUGCCAACAACAACAACAACAACAACUUCGGCAGCAACAACAACUCUAAUCGAAAUGCAGUUGCAUCCAUUUCCGCAUUGGCCAAUAUUAAUCUAGAUAAUUGCAAUGCGAAUGUCUACGGUGGUCAACAACAGUGUGCCAACGACACCAGUCUCCAUCAGCAGCAGCAGCAACAGCAGCAACAACAACUUGUAUUGCCAAUUACCACAAGCAACCAAACGUUAAAUUGUCCCACAUUGAAUGCAAAUAGCCAUAGCAGUAGCCAAACCAACUCCAAUUCCAAUAGCAACACCAAUAGCAAUUCCAAUACCACUUGCAAUACGAAUGCGUAUCCGAAUGAACCAACAGCAUCAUCCCCAGUUGCCCCCACCACAGCAACAGCAACCACAACAGCAGCAGCAGCAACUGCAACGAACUCACAACGAACCAAUUCCAAUUCGCACUCGAAUUUACAACAAAAUCAAAACAUUUCCUCCAGUUUAGAGAUAAUUCUAUCGCCAAUUAUACAAAGUAGUCGCCGAGCGCAAUUGUAAGCGAAAUGAGCACAGAAUUGUGAGAAUUAGCUAAAUUUAAUUUGCAAUAGCCAACGCCCGCCCACAACGAGCACGCCCACACUCACGCCCACGCACAUGGCCAGGACCUCGCAGCAGCAGUAGAAGCAGCUGGAAAUGUUUGUGCCUCAGCGCCGCCACCAACAGCAUUCUGUAAACUUUGGCUGCAGCAGCAACAUCAACAGCAGCAGCAGCAACAACAACAGGAGCAGCAGCGGCAACAACAACUUUACGAGCAGCAGCAAGCUUGGCUAUAAGCAACAGCAACAACAUGUGUAAGUGCAAAGUUAAAUGAAACUACAUGCGGGUUGCAGCGCUGAAAAGUAUGCUACACUAAAAGUAAAGGCAGCAGCUGCAACGAGAACAACAGCAGCAGCAACCAACAUUAACAACAAUAAACAACAUUUAAAAGCCGUCGAGGCAAAAGUUGUACGAAAACUUUUGGGCUCCGGCAACGUUGCGGGCUUUUGUCGUUGCAAAUUAAAUGUACAUUCUGCCAACAUGUAAAUAGAUAAUGUCUUUACCCGAAUCUUAUGUAUACUAUAUAAGUAUGAGAGUGCGUGUGUGUGUGAAAGAAUGU